AUGCCUACAGGUUCGUAUGUACGGCUAAACCAGUCUCUUGACGACCAUGAACGCCCAGUGUUGCCUCACAAAGUUCGUUUUAUGGACCACCAUGAAAUCAAAUGGUCAGAUCAAUCCAAAUGGUCGGAUCACCUCAAGGAAAGUUGGAAGAACUACACGUUGGCACUCAGCAUUGUUGUAAUCACGGCUCUUGCCUCAGCACUAGCUAUCACGCCACAACACACACACUGUCAAUCAGACCUCGACACAUCUGGAUAUUUGUGCGCACCAUCUGGAACGCAUCCUUCCGUGGCUCGUCAGCGCGGCUGUGAGUACGACUGGAUGUCGUUCCACUGGCUCCCGAAAAAUCGAUUUGACGAAGAAAACCAGGCUCUGAUACGAGAGUUUGAGCAGCUCGGGCCAUGGCACCGCUUUGCAGAUGCCGAAGGAACUCAAGUGAUGAGCCCUGAUGAAACAAUGCUGUCGACGAGAUUUUGGUUAACCAAGAGGGAGCACCUUCACCACUGUCAAUUUUCCCUCCGGCAGGCCUACCUCUUCAUGGCUCGCGGGCAGGAUCCGCCUUUUAAUUACACACACAUCACGCACUGUUCGCAGAGCUUAAUAGACGCCAUCUAUGAGAGCCCCCCAAAGGAUAUGGACGAGCCGAUCAUCAAAGUUGUUCCAUUUCCAGAACACCCGGAGAUUCUAGACAGGGCCGAAGCCGGGUCGAGUCUGCGGUUGGGCUUCGUUGGACAACCGACGUGCCUACCAACACUCAUGAUCGGGCAGGCAUUCUCAUUCCGGAUGCAAAUUAGCGCAAUAUGGCAGAACACUAUCUAG